AUGGCGACGACCCUCCGCAGGGACACCCUGGGCUGCGGGCGCUAUGAGGUGUGCGGAGGUGGUGAAAGGCGCUGGGGCGAUCUGAUUGACGAGUUGGGUCACAAGUGUGAAAGGAGAGAGAAGAGAGCACCCAUUGACUUCUCCUUCAAUUCGCUGGCUGACCCCCGGUUCACCUUCUACGACCACCUCCUGCUGGAGUCGGUGAAGCUGGGGGAUCGCGAGGUGCACGAGUUCUUCAGGGUCCUCUCGCUCUGUCACACCGUCAUGUCUGAGGACCGAGAGCAAGGUGAGCUCUAUUACAAGGCCCAGUCUCCGGACGAGGGAGCUCUGGUCACCGCUGCCCGUAACUUUGGGUUUGUGUUCCGGUCCCGGACGCCCAACACCAUCACGGUCGAUGAGCUGGGAAAGCCCAUCACCUACCAGGUGUUGGCAAUCCUGGAUUUCAAUAACAUCCGCAAGAGGAUGUCCGUCAUUGUUCGGAAUCCGAAGGGAAGGAUCCGACUGUACUGUAAGGGAGCUGACACUAUCCUGUUUGACCGACUGCAUCCAUCCAAUCAGCAACUGAUGAACAUCACCCUGGAUCACCUUAAUGAGUUUGCCAGUGAUGGUCUGCGUACCCUGGUGCUCGCCUACAAGGACCUGGACCCGGAGGAUUACGAGAACUGGUCUGAGAAACACCGGCAGGCGAGCUCCGUGCUGGACAACCGGGAGGAGAGGCUGGCGGCUGUCUACGAGGAGAUCGAGCAGGACAUGAUGCUUCUUGGAGCGACAGCUAUCGAGGACAAGUUACAGGAAGGAGUGAUGGAGACCAUCGCCAUCCUCACACUGGCCAAUAUCAAGAUCUGGGUGCUGACCGGGGACAAACCCGAGACAGCAGUGAAUAUCGGUUACUCCUGUAAGAUGCUGACUGAUGAUUUGACGGAGGUGUUUGUGUUGACGGGUCAAACCGUGCACGAGGUUCGGGAGGAGUUGCGGAGGGCCCGGGAGAAGAUGAUUGACACCUGCAAGCCUUUGGAGAAUGGAUUCAGCUACUCCGUGAAGCUUCCCACCACCAACCUCACCUCCGUCCUGGAGGUGGUGCCAGGGGAGUUCGCCCUCGUCAUCAACGGACACAGCUUGGCCCACGCUCUGGAAGCCGAUAUGGAGCUGGAAUUCCUGGAAACGGCCUGUGCUUGCAAGGCUGUCAUCUGCUGCCGAGUAACCCCCCUCCAGAAGGCCCAGGUUGUGGAGUUGGUGAAGAGGUACAAGAAGGCUGUUACCCUGGCGAUCGGCGACGGGGCCAACGACGUCAGCAUGAUAAAGACUGCUCACAUCGGAGUGGGGAUCAGUGGACAAGAGGGAAUUCAGGCAGUCCUAGCCUCUGACUACUCCGUAUCCCAGUUCAAGUUCCUGCAGAGACUGCUCUUGGUGCACGGCCGCUGGUCCUAUUUCCGCAUGUGCAAGUUCCUCUGUUACUUUUUCUACAAGAAUUUUGCCUUCACCAUGGUCCACUUCUGGUUUGGCUUCUUCUGCGGGUUUUCGGCCCAGACGGUGUAUGACCAAUACUUCAUCACAUUGUACAAUAUUGUCUAUACGUCUCUACCUGUGCUGGCCAUGGGAGUUUUUGAUCAGGAUGUCCCUGAGCAGCGGAGCCUGCAGUACCCGAAGCUGUACGAGCCUGGUCAGCUCAACCUCCUCUUCAACAAGCGCGAGUUCUUCAUCUGCAUCGCCCAGGGCAUCUACACCUCCAUCAUCCUCUUCUUCAUCCCUUAUGGGACCCUCUCUGACUCUACGCGGGAUGACGGCACUCAUAUGGCCGACUACCAGUCCUUCGCCGUCACCGUGGCAACCUCGCUGGUGAUUGUGGUCAGUGUGCAGAUUGGACUUGACACUGGCUACUGGACAGCCAUCAACCAUUUCUUCAUCUGGGGCAGCCUGGCCAUAUAUUUUGCCAUUCUGUUUGCCAUGCAAAGUGCUAGUCUCUUUGAAAUAUUCCCCAACCAGUUUCGGUUUGUUGCCAAUGCCAACAACACCUUGGUGCAGCCAACCGUGUGGUUCACCAUCAUCUUAACUACCGUCAUCUGCAUCAUGCCAGUUGUUGCCUUCCGUUUUCUCAAGUUGGACCUGAAGCCCAGGCUAGCUGACACGGUCCGCUACACGCAGCUGGUCAGGAAGAAGCAGAAGCCUCAGCACCGCUGCAUGCGGAGGGUAGGACGGGCGGGCUCCCGACGAUCCGGCUACGCCUUCUCGCACCAGGAGGGCUUCGGCGAGCUCAUCACCUCUGGCAAGAACAUGCGGCUCAGCUCACUGGCCCUCUCCAGCUUCGCCACCCGCUCCAGCUCCAGCUGGAUCGACACCCUGAGGAAAAAGAAGAACGACCAGGCCAACACCCCCAGCCCGGUGGUGAGCGAGGAGUGCCAAGUCCUGAGAGGGAAAGAGGCCUCGAAUUAGGAGGCGGAAAGAGCCGGCGAGGAAGGAAGGUGGUCUGUGGUGGGGGAGGAGGAGCCGAAGGAAGGAUUGUCCUGGGAAGGACAGACUCAGUUAAUCUCUCCUAUUCAAGCUGGUAGACGAUACAACCAAGAUUUGCCUCCCCCUGCCCCUCCCCUCACCCCCAAAACCUGCCACAAUCCAUUUGUUGACCCGCGAACACGAGGUUGAUUUGUUUUCACGCAUUUUCCAUUUUUUUUCACCACUUACCAUUUUUUUUUUUAAGCUUUUCCCCAUGGGAGGAACAGCAGGGAAGUCCAUCGGAGUCCCCCUCAACUGUUGUCAGGAAUGGUUGCCCCGGUGCACGCGACCCUUGACCCCACCUACUUUGAGGUCAUGGGGGGGUUAGCGGGCAGGCAGGGCGAGGGUGAGGGGGGACCAGGGCAAUCAAUGCCCUCUCCCACCCCCUUUUCUUGUGGGGAAGAGAAA